UCCCUCGCCGUCGCCCUCAUUUCAAAACGUGGUAUCUGAUAGUCACGAUGCUCCGUUCUCCAAGGCUAUAUCUAGCGACGGCCGCCCGCCGAUUUUCCGGCGAAGCCUACGCGGCGGCGGUGGAGAACACUACACUUGAAGCCGCCUCCGGCAGCUCUGGCACAAGCGGUGGUGGUCGAGACACGCUAGGGCGAAGGCUUAUGAGCCUCGCUUUCCCCAAACGUAGCGCCGUGAUUGCCAUUCGCAAAUGGCAAGAAGAAGGCCACACUGUUCGCAAGUACGAGCUCAAUCGCAUCGUUCGGGAGCUUCGCAAGCUUAAGCGCUACAAGCACGCACUCGAGAUAUGUGAAUGGAUGACUUUACAGAAAGAUAUGAAGCUGCUACCUGGUGAUUAUGCAGUUCAGCUGGAUUUGAUUUCAAAAAUCCGCGGCCUGAGUAGUGCAGAAAAGUUUUUUGUGGAUCUCCCUGAUAAAAUGAGAGGUCAAUCUGCCUACACAGCUCUUCUUCACGUGUUUGUGCAAAAUAAUCUAUCUGAAAAAGCUGAGGCUCUAAUGGCGAAAAUGUCUGAAUUUGGUUUCUUGAAAAGUCCUCUUUCUUUCAACCACAUGCUAUCUCUUCACAUCGCGAACAAGCGACUAGAGAAGGUUCCUGCUCUGGUUCAAGAAUUAAAGAAGAACACCAAACCAGAUGUGGUAACAUACAAUCUUUUGUUGAAUGUUUGCACUUUGCAAAAUGAUGUUGAAGCUGCAGAAAACAUUUUCCUUGAGAUGAAGAACGCAAAGAUCGAACCGGAUUGGGUAUCGUUCAGCACAUUAGCUAACUUGUAUUCCAAACAACAACUUACUGAAAAAGCAGCAUCUACUUUGAAGAAUAUGGAGAAAAUGGCAUCUAAACGAAACAGAAUUUCGUUUUCAUCGCUUCUUAGCUUAUAUACCAAUUUGGGGGAUAAGGAUGGAGUUUGCAGGAUAUGGAAAAAGAUGAACUCAUCCUUCCGCAAGAUGAAUGAUAGCGAGUAUAUGUGCAUGAUAUCAUCUCUUGUGAAACUUGACAAGCUCGAGGAAGCUGAGAAACUCUACACCGAAUGGGAGUCGGUUUCUGGGACGGGUGAUACUCGGGUUCCAAAUAUAUUGCUUGCAGCAUAUAUCAACAAAAACCAAACGAAACAAGCUGAGAGUUUCUAUGAUCGAAUGACGCUUAAAGGAAUCGUACCAUCUUACACUACUUGGGAGCUCCUCACAUGGGGUUAUCUGAAAGAGAAUCAGAUGGAGAAAGUGCUGCAGUUCUUCAAGAAUGCUGUUGGCAGUGUGAAGAAAUGGAACGCGGAUGAGAGGCUGGUUAAAGGAGUGUGUAAGCGACUCGAAGAGCAGGGUAACUUCGAAGGGGCGGAGCAGCUGUUGAUUAUUCUUAGGAAUGCUGGUCAUGUGGAUACUGAGAUAUACAAUUCUCUAUUGCGGACAUAUGCAAAAGCUGGUAAAAUGCCACUAAUAGUUGCUGAAAGAAUGGAACAGGACAAUGUUCAGUUGAAUGAAGAGUCUCGUGAGCUUCUAAAGUUGACCAGCAAGAUGUGUGUGAGUGAAGUUUCAAGCACUUUUUACCACGAAGCCCAAAAAACCAACGAAACCGAUUGAACAAACUCGACCCAUUCGGUUUGAAAUACACUCUUAAGUUGGUUCGACAAUAGCUUACCGGUUUCGCUUUCAUAGAAUUGGUUGUUCGGUGUUUCAAUUCAAUCCUUAUAAUUUAAGUUUAGUUUCAAUUGGGUCGAGUUUAGUUUCAAUUGGGUCCCUAUAAAUUGAGCUUAGUUUCAAUUGGUCCCUAUAGUUUGAGUUUAGUUCCAAUUUGAUCCCUUUAAUUUUAAAGCAUCGUUACAAUUUUUUGGUUUA